AAGCGUUGGGGUAAAGGACGCGUUCAAUCCUGUUAGUGGCUGACUGACUGAACCGACCGUCCAUCUUUCUAAAGAAGAAGAAGAAGAGGAGAGGAGUCCCUGUAAGACUUGACAAAAUGAACUUGUCCUACCUGGUUGCUUGUGGACUUUUGGUCAGCCUGCUUUCAGAAAAGAUGGGAGCAAAACCUUUAACUCAAGCGCAACAGAAGUCCCUCCGAAGUUUGCUGGGUGAGGAACUAGCGGAGAUCCUGGAGUCAAAUGAGAGGGAGCGAAGGAUAGAUGUAGUGCGCUCCCGGAUGAGGUUACUGCGAGAUUUACGCAUGGACACCCGGGCCAGAGGGAUGUGGGCACGUCUCCUCAACGACCAGCCCGCAGCGAGGAGGCACAAGUCGGGAAACAAGAAGGCGGGCUCCACGUCACGGAGUGGCUGUUUCGGACACAAGAUGGACAGGAUAGGGACCAUCAGCGGGAUGGGCUGCUAGGGCUCGGAGCUGCGAAGAGGCGGUCUUUGGACGAUGGGUUUGGACAACAUAGGCUGAGUGUGUUGCCACCUGAGCGAAAAAUGACCAACUGAUAAGAUUUUCGGUACGAACGAGCCCGCAGUCAUCGUUGGGCAAAGACUGAGAAGACAAUGCUGCAGAAGCCUCAUCACUUUAUAUAAAUAAAUAUGAAUAUAUAUACAUAGUAAAUAUGCAGGUAUAUAUUCAUCAAUGUAUGCCAUACAAAUGGUCUACAAAUACAGAGAUGCAUACUAUGACGUUGUGGACAAUGGUGUAAAAACUAAAAACCGCAAGAGCUGUACAUUGUUGCUGCUGCUGCUGCUGUACAUUCAAGUACUUCAUUCACUCCUGCGUUAAUGUAUUUAUGUUUAAAAUAUUUAUAUGUUUAUAAAAGAGAUAUUUAUAAAUCCGAGUGUUAUUUAUGUAACAUUUUUGAAAAUGGAUGCAAACUGCAGGUCAAUUCUGUUGUUUCCUUUUACUUUUGUCUUAUAUAGUUGUGAAUGUUUUAAGAAAAAAUAUGAUAAAAAUGAACUUCCAUGUGCACAUGCCAUCCUUUCUGGGCGUCUUGUGUCUCACUAAUGUUGUGAAAGAACAAUUAGACAUUUAGUAAAGAACAUCAAUAUCCUGAACAAGUAGGAAACAUUUGACUAUUUUUAUUUAUUUUAUUUCUUUUUGUUAUCAGUGUUUAACUAAGUAUUAGAUAAGUCAAUCCUAACGUUUGUUUCUGAUUCGGUAUUUAAGGUCUAUUUUGCUCCUUUUUUGGUGCCUAUUUUAAUUCACCUUUUAUAAUAAUUAGAGAAGUUAUUUUUUCAUCCAUCCACCCAUGCAUUUUCUAUGCUUGCGAAAAUCUUUCAGCGUUGAGAGGCUGUUGGUGCCUUUCUCCAGCCAUUAGUGAACAAAAGGCAAGUGUACUAUCGACAAAAGUAUGUUAGCUAAAUAGAUGUUCAAUUUUGCCCAUCACAAAUACCUCAGAGAAAAAAAAUAUAUUCAUGCUGACUGUUAUAACUAGAAGAUUACAACCUCAGAAAAAAACAUUAGCAACAUCAUGUAGGAGCAUGAAUAAAAAGCCAACUAGUGUGAUCCCAAAUCUUUAUUCUUACUAAAGAAUACUCCACCCUGCCUCUUAACUCAGCUUAUCAUUAACUUUUAGGGAUAUUUAGAGGAAUAUAUUUGGCUUUGGUAGAUUUAUUGGGUAGAAAAGAUGAAGCGCUAUGUUUCUAGGUUUUUUAUUGCUGCAAUGUUUGGAACUUGGAUCCAAACCAAAUCUUUAUUGCUGCAACGCCAAGUUAUAUAUUGGUGGUAAUAAUAAUUAAUGUCUUUAUUUUUGUGGCAGUUGUCCCAAACCAAAAUUUUCCAAGGUAGAGGUGGGAAGAAGGAGGGGAGGAGGGAGCAAAAAACAUUUCCAUGAGGUAUUCAAAACUUGCCAAAUAUGUGCAAUGUUCAAAGAAGCAAAUCAUCAAAGAAAUAAAUGACAUGGAAAGAUAUAAAAUUAAGUCUAUGAAAGUGUUUAUGGGGAAAAUGUGAAAAUAAAUGAACUGCAGUGUAAGUCUUUGAGAAGGGUAGUUUCAGUCUUGUGAGAUGAUCAGAUUUAGAUGUUACUGAAAGUCAUUUUUGUAAAAGAAAUUGAAUAAAUUAUUUCCAAAAGG